GCAAAUGCCAACGGUUCAUUCACUCUCACUCUCUCUCUCCCGACUUUCUCUCUCUACUCUGCAAAAAACUUUGCUCUAACCAGUAGAACAAUCAAACAGCAGUAGCUGAUUCAACAGUGAUUCUAGACACAGAAAAUGUCGAGCAAGUCCCCAAUUUUUCCAAUGCCAGAGCCUCACCACUUCAGCGACUAUGGCUUCGAUCCUCAAAUCGAUUACUUCCAGGUGUUAGAGGAAGCUAGGAAGCACAAGCGCGAGACCACGAGAUCGAUCGAUGCUCUGCACUUCAAGCUCCAAAAACCCAUCUCCAGAGACGAAUCAAAGAAGAUCAAGAAGAGCAAGCGGCGGUGGUGGAGGAGCGCCGUGCUCUUCUUCCGCCGCCGCUGGACUCCCAGCGUCGCCGCCGAUCACGGCGGCGAUAUUGGACUCCACCGUGGUCGCGCACUCAGGGGAUCGGUUUCCGGGCCGGUUUACGUCACCGAGAGCAUACCGUACCGGACCACCAGCCGGCCGUCAUCGGGGCCGCUCGCCGGAACGUUGACUCCGGCGAGGAAGGGGGAGGUGGAGAUUCCGUACAUCAGCCUCAGGGAACUUAACAUGGAGCCGCAACACAUGAUCUCUACAUCUGCAAUGCCUAUAUAUUUGGUCACGUGAAUCUGUGGUUGAUUAUGAGUAGAGUGAUCUUUAGAGCUUUGAAUUAAGGUUGGGUUUUGACUGUAGUUUGGAUUUUGAUUUAAAUCUUUAGGUGGGUGUUUUUUGUGUACCCUUUUAGUUCAAAGGUGCUUUGAUCCAUUGGGAAAGGAAAUAAAAGUAUGUGGUGGCGUUUUCUGAUCGGAUCACUUUAUUGAUUUCUGUAACAAAUGAACUUUGUGGUUUGACUGCCUCGAUUUUCUUUCUUUUUCUUCUUUUA